CAAACAUGUGCAAACACACCAGCGGCGAGCGAUCUCACCGUGAGAUGCUGCGAAUGUUCGCCGAGAUGACGUUGAACAGAGUCGUGGAUGCAAACACAUUCGUGCGCGUUGCAAGAAAGUACAAGCUCAGCAGCUUCGGCAUCGGAUCGCUGAGCAAGAAGGUAGAGAAGAGCAUCCACGAAGUCUUCGAUCUGCUGGUUGCCGAGUGGAAGAAGGUGGAAGACAUGAUCCUGGAGUAUCUCGUCCUCUUGGAAGGAUCCGCUGUCGGAACUCGGCUCGAAGAGGACGUCGCGCAACUGAAGAGACUCUUGAACGAGAGGACGGAUGCGGAGAAGGCCUGGAUGUCCUACCGCAAGGUGAUUACUGAGUUCACGUCCGUGGUCAAGAACCGUCUGCCGUCGGGCAAGAGCGAGCAAGAGGAGGUGAAGCCGAGCAAGCAAGCGGCAGCCUCGACGACCAAGGGGAAGGGGAGGGAGAAGGGGGCCGUGAAGAGUCAGGGAGAGAAGGCGGCGAGCGAUAGGUCGUUGGAAAAGAGGAAGACGAUGACGGAGAAAGCGGGAGAUCAGCGCUACUGACGACUUGACUGUUUCUUACAGCUCCUGUUGUGUGAAUAGUUUUUCUGUACAUAAUUAAUACAUACAAGCGC